UUACAGUCGGGAGUCUGUCCAUGGACCGAGCGGCCGGGAGCUCAGAGUGACUCUCGGCAGCCACAGCGGGGAGCCUGGCCCUCCGCGACUUCCAAUUUCCUCCGCCCUCCUCAGCCUGAGGUGUCAGGAGGGAGCAGCCACUGACGGAGACGUACAGUACCCUCACACGUAGAUACACGCCGAAGCUAUGGGGACGGUGAGCGAACUGUGCGUGUCCAGCCUUCAGACGUUCCUGUGUCCAGCCGUGAAGCCGCCCCAAGGAGCUCCAGUGCCGGACGACCUCACCCCAGAGGAGCAGCAGGAGCUGGAGAAUAUCCGCCGGCGCAAGCAGGAGCUGCUGGAGGACAUUCAGCGGCUGAAGGAUGAGAUAGCAGAAGUGACGAGUGAGAUUGAGAACCUGGGUUCCACUGAGGAGAGGAAAAAUAUGCAGAGGAAUAAACAGGUGGCCAUGGGCCGAAAGAAAUUCAACAUGGACCCCAAAAAGGGGAUCCAGUUCCUGAUUGAGAAUGACUUGCUGAAGAAUACCAGCGACGACAUUGCUCAGUUCCUCUAUAAGGGCGAAGGCCUCAACAAAACAGCCAUUGGAGAUUACCUCGGAGAAAGAGAUGAUUUCAACAUCCAAGUCCUCCAUGCCUUUGUGGAGCUUCAUGAGUUCACAGACCUCAACCUGGUUCAGGCCCUAAGACAGUUCCUGUGGAGUUUCCGGCUGCCGGGAGAAGCUCAGAAGAUCGACCGCAUGAUGGAGGCCUUCGCUCAGCGCUACUGCCAAUGCAACCCUGGCGUUUUCCAGUCCACAGACACCUGUUACAUCCUGUCAUUUGCCAUCAUCAUGCUAAACACCAGCCUCCACAACCCAAAUGUGAAGGACAAGCCUACCGUGGAGCGAUUCAUCUCUAUGAACAGAGGAAUCAACGAUGGAGGAGACUUACCUGAAGACCUGCUCAGGAAUCUGUAUGAGAGCAUCAAGAAUGAGCCUUUCAAAAUCCCUGAGGAUGACGGCAACGACCUCACACACACUUUCUUCAACCCAGACCGAGAGGGCUGGCUGCUAAAACUGGGGGGACGAGUUAAAACCUGGAAGAGGAGGUGGUUCAUCCUCACAGACAAUUGUCUGUACUACUUUGAGUACACCACAGACAAAGAGCCACGAGGAAUCAUCCCGCUGGAGAACCUGAGCAUCAAGGAGGUGGAGGAUAAGAAGCCUAACUGCUUUGAGCUUUUCAUUCCUGACAACAAGGACCAGGUGAUAAAAGCUUGUAAGACAGAGGCUGACGGGCGCGUCGUGGAGGGCAACCACACCUUCUACCGCAUCUCCGCCCCCACUGCUGAGGAGAAAGAUGAAUGGAUGAACAGCAUCAAAGCCGCCAUCAGCAGAGACCCCUUCUACGAGAUGCUGGCAGCCAGGAAGAAGAAGGUGUCGUCCAUGAAGAGGCACUAGAGCUGCUCAGCGCUCCUGAUGUUGCACUUGACAGAGCAGGGGGUCCAGGGGGGGGGUAUCUGCUGGCCCUGUCUGGCCCAGUGCAGAGGCCACGGUUGAGGUGUGCCUCUCCAGGGGAUUUCUCUAGGAUACAUACUAGUUCUGGCUUUGGACUCUACAGGCCAGAAAACAGGAAGCAUGCUGGGGUUUCUAGAUAAGAGUCAGGGCCAAAGCCUCCUCUAACCUCCUGUCUGAAUGUCGCUCCUUCUCUCUCAGCUUUGUAUGUGCUCUCUGUGUAUAUGAGGCCAAACGGGAAUCUUGCUGUGUAACUCAGCAAAAUCCCCUUUGAAGAAGCUUUAAAAAACAAACAAACAAACAAUUCCCAUAUACAUUGCACACAUACACAACAUGCACACACUCAUGCAGCCCCCCGUAGCACUCAUCAUUUAAACUCAGCAGGUCUGACCGAGUGUGGCACCCCAACCAAAAUCUUCAGAAAGAGAAGCAAAGACCCUUUCUGAUGUGCUUUAAUAUGUUAGGGUAAUAUGUGUCUAUUUUUACAGCUUUUACUGUCGAUUCCUCUCAAGUCUUUCUUGUUUGUUUGCUUUUGUAAAAAAAAAGAAAAAAACAGGGUCUUGCAACAGAAACUACAGGGGAGGGGAGGUGGGGGGAGGAAGGGUCUAACUUGCCAACUGUUAGUGAUUUUAUAGAAAAGAAAAAAGAAAACAAAAACUUCUCUGUUCGAAUAAAAAAAAAAAAAGUUGCCACUCAGGAGAUUGUUACGAUGUUCUGAAACUUUCCAUGUCGCCGUCGACGUGGAUCCCGUUCACAACACGACAGCCAUGUGAGGAAUGAAAGCCUCAUCUGUGUCCCAGACUGAACUGUUUUUUUUUUUUCUUCCUCUUCUUUUUGUAAAUGUGAAGCCGCAGUGUGGAGACGCACUGCUGCACAUGAGAGGGUCUGCUUGUCUGGACAGGGUCUCGGUGUUGGAUCUGGCUCUUGCUGUUCAUUUCCUGGAGGUCCUGGAGAUGCAUCCAGGGGAUUAUUGUCUUUGUAAGGGGAUGACUGUUUAUCACCCUGGGCUUCUUUUUGAGGUUUUAAGUUGUCUGGAAAUAACAACUGGUGGCCCUUUUAAAUUUUUUUUCUUCCCAUACAUUUUUCCUCUUGCUCUCACCAACACACGACCACUUUCUAUUGCUGUAUCAUACAAAAAAGCAAUUUAAUUGUUAGUUACUUUUACUGCUGCACAGUGCCUGGCGCUCUAGAUGAAAUGUGAUGAGAAAAGCUGCUGGUUAGCGACAGUAAUUCACAGAGUUUUCUUCUCCCAGUCGAACAACAUUUAAUCUUCAUUUUCUGCCUUUUCUAUGUUUUCUUUGUCAAGAGUUGCUUUCUAAUGGCAAAACACAAACUGGUAUCAUUUUCGGCCUUCAGCCCGACCUCAUUGAUCAUUGUACAAUACUGUGUGCUUCAGGUUGUUUAUGUAUAAGACAUAAUAUAUUGCAUAUUGUUGUAGAGGCUUUAAAGCAGCACAAAUAAACACGUGGUUCAUCAAAGCUAUGCCUGGAGAAGACUGGGUUGUCUGCCGUCUCAGGAUCCAAAGUCAUGUGAAACAAUAUGAAACUGCUAGUUGUAUGAGGAAUGCACUGGGGUGAAGCAGAGGAUGGAGGAGCAGGAUUACCGAGUGCUCACGCCGAGUCAGUGACGCGUCAUCUCAGCAAGUAGCAAAAGCUGUGUUGAGGUACAGUUUUGCGGUCCGAGUUGCGCGCCGAGCGGUUGUCGUCUCUACUCUUAUCUGCAGUCGUCUCCCUUCUCUUCAUCUGUGCCUGCUGGUCAUUCUCCUCCUCGUCAUUCUCCGUUUCCUGGUUCUCUUGCUCUCUGCUCACUAAUCCUAGAGAAAUAAGGAAAAAUGCAAAACAAUCAUAAUUCUAGACAGUAUUGGUUUAUUUAUCAAAGUUGUACAUACUUAAAUGUAUAGUGGGUAUUUUGUCUCCAUUUUUGUUUCUUAUUAGUUGUGCCAUUUUCUUUUGUUAUUCUGUUUAAUAAUGUUUGAUUUGAGGUUUUGAUCAUUACCAUUUAAUCAAGCUGAAAUAAAGGCAAAUUUGUCUCAA